CGAUUUUUACUGUAACACACCACAGCCUUGGCUUCAAAGAUGGAGGCACCGGUGAUAGAAACAUGUCAUGUUGCUUGUUGUGCUAACAGGACACCAAACGUGGUUUCAUGGAGCCGUAGUGGAAUUAUUGCGUAUGGGACGUGUAACUCAGUGGCUCUGUACGACCCUCAGGAGAGAAGAGUCAUUGCUGUGCUGAAUGGACACACAGGCAGAGUGAAUGCAGUUCAGUGGGUUCACAGAGAAGACUGUGCUCUUGAAAGUCAUCUUGUCUCCGGAGGCUCAGACAAUCAACUCAUCCUUUGGGAGGUUCAGAAUGAGAAGUUCAGUCAGUCAGUGGUGUGUAAAGGCCACACCGGUCCAAUUAAUGCUGUGGAUGCCAUCUAUGUGGAGGGCUCAGAAAUCCUGGUGGCCUCUUCAGCAUCUGACUCCACAGUCAGACUGUGGCUCUGCAGUGGAAACAAAAAAGCUGAGUGCCUCCAUAUCACAUCAUUUGACAGUGGUUUCAUGAUGGAUGUCUCUCUGUCACUGUUGCCAGGCAGCAGAGUUCCCAUACUGGCCUGUGGGGGUGAUGACUCUCGGGUGCAUUUGUAUAUUCAGUCCAAUGGACAGCUCCAGAAAGCUUUGUCACUACAAGGGCAUGAGGACUGGAUUCGUGGAGUGGCAUGGGCAUCUAUAGGUGGGGAGCUGUUAUUAGCCAGCUGUUCACAGGAUUGUCUCAUCAGAGUGUGGAGGCUGUGUGCCAAGUCUGGGACAGACACCCAUGCAGAGGACGAUCACACCAUCAUCAAAAUGAAAGAGGACGUUUUUGAAGUGAAGGAGAGAGACAUUUCCUCAGUGUUUGCGGUGUCUCUUGAGACAGUCCUGGCUGGUCAUGAGAACUGGGUCUAUGGAGUCCACUGGCAGCCUCCUUUCUACAAAGGUGACAAGUUGCAGCAGCCUCUCAGUCUGCUCUCUGCUUCCAUGGAUAAGACAAUGAUCCUCUGGGCUCCCGAGGAGGGAUCUGGAGUCUGGGUGGAGCAGGUGCGUGUAGGGGAGGUUGGUGGCAACACUCUGGGUUUCUACGGCUGCCAGAUGAGUCCGGAUGGUUCCAUGAUUCUGGCUCAUGCUUUUCAUGGUGCUCUACAUCUCUGGUCAAAGGACCAAGAGAAAGAGGGAGAUUGGAGGCCUGGGGUUGUUAUAUCAGGUCAUUUCAGUGCAGUGCAAGACCUCAGCUGGGACCCUGAGGGUGAAUUCAUCAUCAGUGUGGGCUCAGACCAGACAACCAGACUCUUCACUCCAUGGAGGAAACAAGAUGUCAAAUUGGCAACCUGGCACGAAAUCUCACGGCCUCAGAUCCAUGGAUAUGACAUGCAGUGUCUUGCCAUGGUUGGAAGGUUUCAAUAUGUCUCUGGAGCAGAUGAGAAGGUCCUCAGAGUGUUUCAAGCGCCUCGUAAUUUUGUGGAGAACUUUGCUAAUAUCUCCGGGAUGUCGAGAGAGAAGUUGCUGACCUCCAGCGACUCUGCCAACCUUCCAGAAGGAGCCAGCACACCUGCUUUAGGUCUGUCCAACAAGGCUGUAUUUCAAGGUGACCUUGUUCCAAAAACCAAUAAAAAGGAGGAGCAGUUCAGCAGUGUAUCUGAUCAAUACCAGGAGUCUUACUUCCACCCACUUAACAUGACCGAGCCCCCACCAGAGGAUCAUCUUCUCCAGAACACCCUCUGGCCCGAGGUUCAGAAACUGUACGGCCAUGGCUUUGAGAUGUUCUCUCUCGCGUCUGACAGCGCCAGGACAGUGGUGGCGUCCGCGUGCAAGGCAUCUAAAGCAGAGCAUGCGGCAGUGUUGCUGUGGAGUACGACUACGUGGCGCCAGCUACAGACACUGCCCUGUCACACCCUCACCGUCACCCAGAUGGCCUUCUCACCCAACGCGCAACUCUUGUUAGCCGUUUCCCGUGAUCGCACCUGGUCUUUGUGGAAAAGGAAUGUGCCCACACCUGAAAGUCCAGAGCCGCAGUUCUCGCUGCACACACACACGGGGAAGGACACAGCCGUACACGGCCGAAUCAUCUGGUCAUGUGACUGGAGCCCUGACAGCAAGUACUUCGUGACAUCCAGUCGAGACAAGAAGGUAAUUGUGUGGGGCCCGUGUAAAUUAGAAAACACUGGGGAACCUGUGCUUCCUCCUGAGAUUAAACCAUGUUCCUCCAUCUUGGAUGUCGGUGAUUCUGCUACAGCUGUAGCUGUCUGCCCUGUACUCUGCUAUGAUAACAGCUACCUGCUCGCUGUUGGCCUGGAGUGUGGUAGAAUCCUGCUGUACAGGUGGAGCCCAAGCCAGGAGACUCUUGGAGGACACGACUGGAGCAGCUGUGCACAGACAGACAUCUUACAAAGCCACACUUUGACAGUCAAGAGGCUCUGCUGGAGGCCCAGGCCCGGCCGAGCAGGUCGAGAGACCAACAGGAAAGACGGACAAACUGAUGAAGAGAGCGAUUUCAAGGAAGAGAGCUCCUGGGUCCAACUUGCCAGUGCCAGCGCUGACCACUCUGUCAAAAUCUUCAGCAUCAACACUCGAGCUCUUUAGCACCACCAACAGUGACACUAUUAUGUCACUCACAUGCAUGAGAGUCACUUGAAUUGAGGGCCACAGGCCUGACUGGGCCACCGUGGCUACAGCUGCUCACUGGCAAACUGUUCACUUCCUGUGACAGGCAGUUAAGUCAUCAUGGGUUAGUCUCAGGACAAAGCCAUGGCAAACAUGCCCCAGUCUGUCUGCACACAGCUGAACAUAUGAUGAUAGCAAGAAAACCUAUUAUGAUUGGACAUUCUACAGACCGCAUAUUUAAACCCAGGUAAAAUCAAGCAAAUCAAGCUCAUCUUAAUAAUAAUGAUGUUUUCUUUCCAAUCUCUUGUACAGCUUUUCUAUUGUUAACAGUUAUUAAAAUGUUUUCGAUACUGUC